GCAGUACCCGGCAUGUAGUUCAUGGUGGCGGAACCGCCCCACGUUGGGCGGUACUUAGCGAUGCACUGUCCCUUUAAAAGCGGCGCCGGUAGUGCGAGCGGGGCUGCCUUUCAUUGGUUACAUCCAGGGGUCCUCGCAUCCUAUUGGUCGCAUGGUGGGGGCCUUUUAUCCUUGUGUCGCGCUGUGGGGUGGGCUACAGCGUGCCGGGUUGAAAACAUGGAGCACCGCGGUCGUACCGGGCAGGAGCCACCAGGCCCCGGCUUCAACCCCGGUUAUUGGAGCCCAGCGUUCGGUUUUGGGGCCUACACCGACGGAGCGGACUCGGCUAUGGACUCACCCUACACCAACGGAUCCUACAGCGCCCCAUACCCUCCCCAUUACACCUCACUGCCACAAACACGAACCUACAGCACUUCAGGUCCAUCCUACAGCACCGACAGCUCAGCCCCAUAUCGACCCCCCCCUCCUGCCCCUCCCUGGGGCUGUGGCACACAGGACUGCCCAGCAGAGGGAUGCUCAAUGCGCAGGCAAAAGGCUGCUGGGUAUUCCCCACCGCAGACCCCAGGGAUGCCCGUUCCUCAGUAUCCAUAUGGAGACCACAGCCCCGGGGCCAACCCACAGCCCAGGGCUCAGGAGGAGGCGUGGGCUCCCCCUCACUAUGGGGUGCAGGCACGGUAUGCAUGGCCUGCAGCUCCAGCACAUGGGAAUCCAUUCCUCUCUGAAUCACAACCACCCUGGACUGGCAGCAGGACUGCAGCUCAUCCUCCUGUGUGGGACUCGAAGGAAUCUGCUUAUGACAAACCUGAUCCGAGUGCAAACCAACACUGCUACUAUUCUGACAGCAAUCACCAGCACCCUGGGACAAUGAAUGACCACAAACCACCCUCCCUGCUGCAUAACUCCAAGUCAUCUCCCUCCAACCCCAAGGUACAAUACAGUGCACAGCCCCAGAUGUACAACAGUGCAACUCGGAGGCAGCUGGCUGGGAACCAGGAGGCAGGUUGCAAAGCUGGCAAUCACACUGCAAUGAAUUCUGCAGCCAUCCAGCCAGAGAUACAGAGGAUCCUACAGGUCACAGAGCAGGCUGAAGAGUUAGAACAAGAGGUGGAUGAAUUUGUAGGGAAAAAGACAGAUAAAUCCUACAGGCUUCUGGAGGAGAUGCUGACCAAGCUGCUGUUAGAACUGGAUUCCAUUGAGACUGGUGGGCAGGAUGGUGUCCGACAGGCCAGGAAAGAAGCUGUCCAUAGAAUUCAGGCCAUACUGGAAAAACUGGAAAGGAAAGGAUUGUGAAAGCAAAUCAGCCACAAUGCAGCCUGUUGUGGAGGUUCCAAAGAGUUAAUCCAAAUCUCAGCUCUUUCUGCUAAGCACUACUGAUAAUGAGAAAGCAAUAAGACUUGAUUGAAAAGAAGAAACAACCCUAAACCCACAGGAAAGCCCAGCCCCGACCAACAGCUCAGCAUUGGACCAAUGAAGAGAAGAUGAAAGCAGCAAAUUGAGUUGUUUGCUCUGGGAUGUGAAGAAGCAGCACCACCUGAAGGUGUUUAGCACUGGGUUGUCUGUGUCCUUCAUCCAGCAAGAAGAAAAUCACUGCACAAAGUUCCCCAAACCGGGUCCAAAUCCACCCAAAUCCAUGGUACCUCGUGGAGCCACAGCUGCAGCACUUGUCACAUGCAUCACCAUAAAUGAAGGUCCAUCAGUGCGUGUGCUUUCAGCUUCAGAUCCCUUACCCACAAAAGCUGGUUUGUGUCAUCCCGGGGUUCUCUUUUUGUUUCCAAUGCGCUCCCUGUAGCUCUGCUGAUGUGAAGCUGUUCUGUGAUGCCGUGUGGAUGUGGGAACAUAGCCUGGAACUCUGAGUUUUUCACCUGGAAAAGCCAGUUGCAGGCAGAGCCGUGCAGCCCUGGACAGUGGGAGGUGCAGAAAAUGCUUUUUCAGGUCGCGUGGGUCAAAUCCACUUUUUAAUUGUAACGCCUACUGGGUGAACCUGGUUACGACAUGCAAAGCGAAUCAUUGCUGCGUGUAAUGAGAUCAUAAUAAACCCUGAUGACUUUUAAAUGUU